GCUAGCCUCAGGAGCCACUAUGGCCUCCAUAUGGAAAAGGUUUUGCAAAAAGUUUCAUGUUGUACAAUUUUUGUCGCUGCUGUUGCUUGGAGCGGGGUACUUAACAUAUGUUCUUAUUGGAGGGGUCAUUUUUUGGAAGCUAGAAGGGGACCUGGUAUCAAGUGAAAUUGCUAUGUUAGAGGUAAAGAAAAAGACUUUGCUUCAGAUUUAUCCAUGCCUUGGACAAGCUGGGUUGGAAGAUAUGGGAGAGUUUAUGCUGGAAAUAUUUAAGAAUGGGGUGAGUCUGAAAAAUAACAACACAGCAGGAGGAUUCUGGAAGUUCACGAGCUCAGCGGUGUUUGCUGCCACAGUGGUGACAACUAUUGGCUAUGGGAACAUCAGCCCUAGUACGAUGCCUGGUCAGAUGUUUUGUGUGAUCUUUGCCAUUGUUGGAAUCCCACUUAAUAUGGUGGUUCUAAACCAAGUGGGCAAGUACAUGCUGGCCAUUGAAAGAAAUUUCUGCACUUCAAUUGCAAAAAAGACCAACCACCAGAAAACUGUUCUGGUGUCACUUCACUUCGCAUCAUUCAUUGGCUCGGGAGUGCUCUAUCUGGUGGUCCCUAUGUUUUUUUUUAAAACAUAUGAAGGCUGGACCUUCACACAGGGCAUCUACUAUUGCUUUAUCACACUUAGUACAGUAGGCUUUGGAGAUUUGGUUGCAGAUUAUAACCCUGACAAGGAUUAUCCUGACUGGUACGGCUGCAUAUUGGGAGUUUGGAUAUUUUUUGGCAUGGCCUGGCUGGCUUUAUUGAUCAAUCACACCAUUGACCUCCUGGGGCACUUAGAUGCUUACCUCAAAUCAGCGAAAAAUAAUGCCACGCCAAACAAGAUGCAGGAUGAGGAGCUACCAGAGACACAGCAGGAAGCUCUUGAGGAAGAGAAAAUAGAGAAAACAGAUGAUGUCUGUGAAUGAGCUUCGUGCGGGACACUAUGGUUAAUGUCAACACAUUAACAACACACACACACACACACACACACACACACACACACACACACACACACACACACACAGACAUAUUGUGCAAUAGAACGUAACAAUAUUACAGUUUUAACAAUCUGCACACUUGAUAAAUUUGGCUAUAUAAUAUAUUAAUUACAACACAUUACAAUGUACUGUCCAUUAAUGUGUUUUUUGUCCACAAAGACACAGCAGGAAGCUCUUGAGGAAGAGAAAAUAGAGAAAACAGAUGAUGUCUGUGAAUGAGCUUCGUGCAGGACACUAUGGUUAAUGUCAACACAUUAACAACACACACACACACACACACACACACACACACACACACACACAUAUUGUGCAAUAGAACGUAACAAUAUUACAGUUUUAACAAUCUGCACACUUGAUAAAUUUGGCUAUAUAAUAUAUUAAUUACAACACAUUACAAUGUACUGUCCAUUAAUGUGUUUUUUGUCCACAAAGGUGUCUCAUCUAGAUUUUAAAUUUUAAUGAACACAAAUGGAUUGUUCCAGAGUUUGCCUAGUUUAGUUUAAACCACUUUUCUGGCUCCCUUAUUAUUUUCCACUACAUUAACUGUGUUCUAACCACUAACAAAUGAACUGGAUUUCUUCUUCAGGGCACUGACCAACAAAUUUAAAUAAACAUCAACAUAAUUUGUGGCCAGAUAUGACUUCAUAGUCAUAGUCAUUGCUGCCUUUCAGUUAUAACUGGAAUUGCUAGAAUUGAACUAGAAUUUUAAUGGCUGUGUUUAAAUGCACCUUACAAUUAUGUGGAUAUCCAGAACCAGUAGCUGGACUGACUGGUGACACGUACUGUAUCACUCAAUUGCAGCAACAGCCACUAGAGGGCAUAACGAUUUCAGCCAUUCUUAUAUCCUCUUUCACUCCUAAAGGAGAAGGUUUUUUUUUCAGUGUGCUUUAUAAAAUGCUCAU